AUGAAUAAUGAAAAUGAUGCGAUAGCCAAAACCGAAAUUGAAAGUGUGGAAAGUAUUCAAUUAGCCAAGGACAUUAAAGAAUUAUUUGGUUAUUGCAAAGAAACUUAUGGUAGUCCAACUGAAAGUCGAAUAGUGGAGUUAAAAAUUAACAAUUACGAAAAAGAAACUGGUAAAAAAUUCGCAGAAACGGCUCUUGCCAAAGUAGAAACCAGUGAUAAGAAAAACCAAAAAUCAUAUGAAGAUUUGAUUAAACUUACCGAUGUGAACGAGGUGCGAACGAAGGGUGAAGAAAGUAAAACGCAAGAAAGUAUUAUCAAGCGAGCUCAAGCAGCAGUCAAAUUAAAAACCUUAUCAGACGAAGAAAAAACUGCCGAGGUAAAAAGAUUAUUAGAAAUAAUUGAUAAAUCUUCCCUAAGUCUUUAUAAUGAAACAAGCGAUAACGACUACCAGAAAAUUAAUAAAGAUGUUAGUGAUUUGGAAGCCUAUAUCAAGGCCAGCGAUACUGAUAAGAAAGGGGUUGCCCGGAAAAAAUUAGACAGUUUAGAUACCUACGACCAACGACAUAGUAAAAAUGAUGAUAAGAAAGACCAAAAUACUAAUAAUAAAACGCCAUUUUUCCGAACCGGUUGGGGUAUCGUGACAAUUAUUGCGAUAGUAGUGGUUGUUUUCGGAGCCAUUGCUUACUUUAUUAAAACUAAUAGUAGUGAAGAGGGUGAAG